CUCUGUGGUGGGACCGUGUGGUCUGUGUGUUCCAGUGCUUCUGGGUUGUGGACAGUGCCUAGGAACGAGUCAGCAGCUAGUUGAAGACGUCCUCUCUGGAAGUCCUUGGCUUCGUGGGCCCUUGCCUAGGGUGCUGGUCCUGCCAUGGCGUUCCGGCGGACAGAGGGCAUGUCCAUGAUCCAGGCCCUGGCCAUGACAGUGGCUGAAAUUCCUGUGUUUCUGUAUACAACGUUUGGCCAGUCAGCUUUCUCCCAGCUGCGGUUGACACCUGGCCUACGGAAGGUCCUCUUUGCCACAGCCCUGGGGACUGUGGCCUUGACGCUGGCUGCCCAUCAGCUGAAGAGGCGACGUCGGAGGAAGAAGCAGGUCAGCCCUAAGAUGGGAGGCGAGCAGCUGGGCACGGUGCCCCUCCCCGUCCUGAUGGCCAGGAAGGUCCCAUCAGUGAAAAAAGGCUACUCCAGCCGGAGGGUACAGAGCCCCAGUAGCAAGAGCAACGACACUCUGAGCGGCAUUUCCUCCAUCGAGCCCAGCAAGCACUCAGGCUCUUCCCACAGCUUGGCCUCGAUGGUGGUGGUGAACUCAUCGAGCCCCACAGCUGCCUGCUCAGGACCAUGGGAUGCUAGAACGAUGGAGAAGUCUGUGACUGCCAGUGAUGCCAACGCUGAGAGCCUCUACAUACAAGGCAUGGAGCUGUUUGAUGAAGCUCUGCAGAAGUGGGAGCAGGCCCUGAGUGUGGAACAGAGGGGGCAGAGCACUAGCACCCCCACACCAGGGGACAGCCUCCAGAACCAAGAGACAGCGUCAGAGGUGCUGUCUGAGCCGGAGUCGCAGCGAAGGGAGUUUGCUGAGAAGCUGGAGUCACUGCUGCACCGUGCCUACCACCUACAGGACGAGUUCGACUCUACCUUCCCAUCAGACAACAUGCUACUGGACCUUGAGAGGACCCUCAUGCUGCCCCUGACAGAGGGCUCGCUGCGGCUUCGGGCCAAUGAUGAGGAUAGCCUGACCUCGGAGGAUUCCUUCUUCUCUGCCACUGAGCUCUUUGAGUCCCUGCAGAUCGGAGAUUACCCAGUCCCGCUCUCCAGGCCUUCAGCAGCCUACGAGGAGGCCCUGAAGCUGGUGAAGGAGGGGAAAGUGCUGUGCCGGACCCUCAGGACAGAGUUACUAGGCUGCUACAAUGAUCAGGACUUUCUGGCCAAGUUACAUUGUGUCCGACAGGCCUUUGAGGGUCUCCUAGAAGAUAGCAGUAACCAGCUUUUCUUCGGGGAGGUUGGCCGGCAGAUGGUGACUGGCCUUAUGACCAAGGCUGAGAAGAGUCCUAAAGGCUUUCUGGAGAGUUAUGAAGAGAUGCUGAGCUAUGCCCUGCGGCCAGAGACCUGGACCACCACACGGCUGGAGCUGGAGGGCCGAGGGGUGGUGUGCAUGAGCUUCUUUGACAUUGUGCUCGACUUCAUCCUCAUGGACGCCUUCGAGGACCUGGAGAACCCCCCAUCCUCGGUGCUCGCCAUCCUGAGGAACCGCUGGCUGUCCGACAGCUUCAAGGAGACGGCCCUGGCCACCGCCUGCUGGUCGGUCCUGAAAGCCAAGAGGAGGCUGCUGAUGGUGCCCGACGGCUUCAUCUCCCACUUCUACUCCGUAUCGGAGCAUGUUAGCCCUGUCCUAGCCUUUGGCUUCCUCGGACCCAAGCUCCAGCUUUCUGAAGUCUGUGCUUUCUUCAAGCACCAGAUUGUGCAGUACCUGAGGGACAUGUUCGACCUGGACAACAUGCGCUACACGUCGGUGCCCGCGCUGGCAGAAGACAUCCUUCAGCUGUCGAGGCGCCGAAGCGAGAUCCUACUUGGCUACCUAGGGGCGCCAGUGGCCAGCACCCUUGGCCUGAACGGGGCACUGCCCCAAGAGAAUGGGCCCCUGGAGGGGCUGCAGUAGAGCAGGCUGAUGGGGAGGGGGG